CACAAACACAUGAGAAUGCUCGAAUAUCCAAUUAGUAAUAAGUACCAAGUUUCGCGCACUCUCUGGAUUUGGGACAUUUAGCCCAGGGUUUCACUUUUUAUCUCGACGUUUUCGAUUGUGUUUUUCAGCUCAGUGUCUUACUUAGUGAUGUAUUGACCGAUUAGCGAGGAUGUCUCUGGAUCACUAUGAGAUAUUGAAGGUGGUAGGAAAGGGUAGCUAUGGAGAGGUAUGGCUGGCAAAACACCGGAAAGAUCGAAAACAGUUUGUCAUCAAGAAGAUGGAAAUGCUAAAUGCAUCUAAACGAGAGAGAACCGCGGCUGAGCAGGAGGCAAAGCUUCUCUCUCGUCUUCGUCAUCCGAACAUCGUCUCGUACAAGGACUCGUUCGAGAGUGAAGAUGGCUACCUUUACAUCGUCAUGGGUUUCUGUGAUGGUGGUGAUCUUUACUGCAGACUUAAGGACCAGAAGGGAACGGCGCUGAUGGAGAAGCAGGUGGUGGAAUGGUUUGUGCAGAUCGCUAUGGCAUUACAGUACAUGCAUGAAAGGAAUAUCCUGCAUCGCGAUCUCAAGACGCAAAACAUCUUUCUUACCAAGAGCAAGAUCAUCAAAGUUGGUGAUCUUGGCAUAGCAAGAGUGUUAGAGGGAAAUAACGACAUGGCUACAACACUGAUUGGUACUCCGUACUACAUGAGCCCAGAGCUGUUCAGUAACAAGCCAUACAACCACAAGUCUGAUGUGUGGGCGCUAGGUUGCUGUGUUUAUGAAAUGGCAACUUUGAAGCAUGCUUUCAAUGCUAAAGACAUGAACUCAUUGGUCUACAAAAUUCUUAGAGGCAAGAUGCCAGCUAUGCCCAAGACUUACAGCAACGACUUAAUAGAACUCAUCAAGGCAAUGCUCAAUUUGGCUCCAGAGAAGCGACCCAGCGUUGCUCGUAUUCUACGCAACCCUUUCAUCAAGACGCACAUUGCUAUCUUUCUUGAAGGUACACGGUCAAGACGACCUAGUUCUGGUAGUUCGGAGCGUAGAUCAUCUAAACCAGAUGUUUCUGCAGACAUUGUUGAGAACACACCUAGAACAGCAUCCGUUAGUGAUCUCCCUCAUGGAAGUCCUCUCUCACCCAUUAAUGAAGUACCCGCCAAGAAUGCAAAGAAGCCUACCUCUCAAAACAGAGCGUCUUCAGCAGGUGAAGCUAAGAAGUCUGCAAAGACGAGGCCAUCAUCGGGAUCCAAAGAAAAGAAAGAUUCUUCAAACAGCGCUGUACCUGCUAAAGAUGGCUUGAAGGUGCCCUCUGCAAGGAAGGGCCGUCCACUUCCAACCCCGCCUGCCCAAGCCGGUACACCGAGGACGAGCGCUAGCGUUAGUAAGAAGCCCUCCAGUAAUCGUCCAAGGAUAGGGUCGUCAUCGUCUUCCAGCUCCGUAUCAAGCUCCAAAGAGAGCGUUGCUACACCAAGAACAGAAGAAGAAGGGAGACGAUCAGUGAAUGCCUCUGCCAGAGCUAGACGAAGAGAAAAAUUGAGGGAAUCGCAAGAGAGUGUACCGUCAGGACCAAAAGUACGAAGUUCCACUGAUGCUUCAGCCGGUAGAAGGUCUAGCAAUGGAGAAAUCAAGACAAGAGCCACACGAUCUAAAUCAGAUCCAACCCCACCAAACAGACAAAGAGCAAAAGGUCGUGAAGUGAGCAAAGGUGAAGAUGAGGUAGAUGCGGGAGUUCGUCGUCAAGAAAGACCAAGUGUCGGUGAGGAUUCAUCAGACGAAGACUCUUCAGAAGCUCCAGAGAAAGAAAAGAAAAGCAACGACAAAGAGCUGUCCGCGUUCUCCUCCCUUUUGGAAUCCACUCUGAAAUUGGACAAUGCAAAAGAGGAAGAAGUCAACGAACAGCCAGAGGAAGAAGCAGAAGACAUACAGGAAGAUUUUGCCGAACCUCCUAGUCGAAACAUCACUGCCGACCCUUUGAGCGGUACGAUGGACAUCUACAUCAGAGCUGCUGCUCCUAGGGCACCCAAAGGACUAGGGAAUGCAACCAUGACAACAUCGGGACGAUUGAUGGAUAGAAUAGCUGCAUUAAGGAAAGACAUCAUGCAAGGAAUUGGUAUCGAGCUCUUACAGAAAGCCUAUGCGAGUCUGGAUAAUGAGGACCAAGAUUUAGUUGAAGCUGAACUUAUCUCAAUAAUGGGAAGAGAAAAGUUUGACAUUUAUGGAGGCAAGAUUUGGCAGCUGAAAUUCUGUGAGGAGACGGUAUUUGGAUGAUUUCAACAACUGGACCUGGUUUGUCAAUCCACAUCUGAAACUGAUGACAUUUGGUAUAAACAUCGCGGCAACAUUGGGUCUCGGACAGGCUCUGUGAUUCUACAUAGGAUUGGAUUUGAUCAUGCUUUAUCAUUUGGUAUAAACAUUGUAGCAACGUUGGCUCUAGGAUUGGCUCUGUGUUUCAACAUACAAUUGGACUCGAUCAUACUCGUAUCAAUUGAUGUAAGCAUCGCGACAACAUUGGGUAUCGGACUGGCUCUGUGACUCAUCAGUCGAUUGUAUUCGAUCAGACUCUAACAACUGGUAUUAAACAUUGUGGCAACAUUGGUUUUAGGAUUGGCUCUGUGAUUCAACAUUCGAUUGUACUUAAGCAGGCUAUGUCAUUUUGAUAUAAACAUCGCGGCAGUAUUCACUCUCGGACUACCUCUGUCAUGUCUGUGGUUCAAGGUACGAUUAGAUUUGAUCAGACUCUAACAUUUGAUGUAAACAUUAUGGCAACAUUGGGUUCAGGACUGACUCUAUGAUUCAACAUGCGGGCGUAUUCAACCAGAUUUUAUCAUUCACAGUAAAGUCUCGGACUGGCUCUGUGACUCUACAUAAUUUUGCAUUCAAUUGGACUCUAUCUGUUCAGUAUCAACAUCUCGGCAACUUUAGGCCUCAGACUUUCUCUGCAAUUCAACGUUCAAUUUUGAUUCUUAUCAUCAAUCUUCUAUAAACCUAAAUCGUCAGAAUUGCUGAAUUGAGGAUUUGUUUUUUUAUAUUAAGUGGUGCUCUUUGUUGAUGAAGUUUGAUGUUAGUACAGUAACGUAUGCAUGAUGUGGAGGAGACAUCUUUAACAAUCUAAUCCACAUCUUACUGGAUAUCUUAGAAGAUAAUUUUAUAAAUCGAAUCAACAUGUUAGCAUAAGACAUCUUUACAAACAGAUCCACAUCUCAGUGGAUAUCUUAAGAAAACAGGUCCUUCCAUGUAUCGCAACUCUCUCACACACAGCUGAGAUCCAAUACAGAGCUGUGUAUGGAGAGAGUUGCGACAUGGAGGGACCAGUUUUCUUUGGUCACGUGGUUGCUGGACGCCAUAUUGUCUCCAAAUGCAGCACAACCCCCAAUCGGCAGACUAGUCUGGCACCCCGUGUUUGUCCAUGCGUUUCUUGGGGAACAAAAUGGCUUCUAAUCAAAAAAAUUUGUAACUCUCCCAAUAUCUGGCUCUGAUCCAAUAUAAUGAACACUGCCCUCUAGAGUUCAGGAUGCUCCAUGAUUGAAGGGGUACACUGAUGUCAUCAAUUAAAGUGUAUUUAAUGUCGCCUUCCAAACUAUUAUGUACUUACUAGGGAUCAACAUUGACUUUUGACCUAUUUUGUUGUUUUCAAUGGGCAUUUAAUGGCUUAACAUGAAUACCAGCUUUCUCCAUUAUAAUGUAUUGUAGCAAUUGUAAUGAUGGGUCAUGUAAAAUACUAAAAAUUAUAUCAAUAGUAAUAGGGACUUGUAAUGCGCACGUAUCCACCCUGCUGGGUGCUCAAGAUGCAGUAAACCAAAAACAAAUGAAAGAAAAAACAGACACAACUAGUCCUUGAAAACCAACGGCAUGAGAUAGGUUUUGAGAAAAGAUGUGAAUGUUAAGGUACAGAGACAAGAUCUAAGAUUAAGUGGUAGAGAGUUCCAGAUGCGGGGCGCAGCUGAAGAAAAAAAAGACCUGUCAGCCCAGGAGUGUCAAGACUCGGGUUCAUGGCCCAAUGAAACCCAUUGGAUGUAAUAUCAAUGCCUCAUGGCUAACAACAGGGUACCAUGCACGAGAGUAAUAUUAUACUGCUGGGUCCUCUUUGAAUUGGCUGCAAGAAAUCUUUUGUAGAAAUGUCUUACGAGAUUGCACUUGAGUCACAUUUUGUUUUAAGGCAGUCUGACUGCACUGAAGAACACCUAUGGUACAUCCUGGUAAAGAUGUCAGACGUCAGCCACGUCUCACCAGACACUUGACCCACUUAGAAGGUCAGUGUUAAAGGCAAAGUAUUCCUUUGUUUGUUGGAGCCAUCAUUAGGUUUAAUCCUGUAUAAAUUCAUGUAAUGAUACCAUAACAAAAAAAGUAAUUGACCGAACAGUUUCGACCUUAGCAGAGUCGUUCUCAAAAGCACAAUGAAACCACAUCACAGUAUGAACAGGUAUGCAAGUGUUUUAAACGUACAUAUGUGAACAUUGCAUCUUUAAAGGUGGUCAUGUUUCUGAGAUAUUGCCGUGAAUCCAGAGCGAAUAUGCAGGAAGAAUAAUCCCCAUAUAAAACAGGAAAGCACAAUCUGAGAAGUGUUUCUGACAGUUACGCUUCUCAGAGUAAAAUUUUGGGCCAUAAAAACUGCUGUCUUUCUACAUUAACCACUUUACUUCAAAGUGAAAUGUUUGUCAAAAUGCUUGUUACUAUCAAAAGCUGCUACAUGUACAUGGUGUAUAGGCUUCUAACUAAUAGUUGUAAAGGCUGAGUCAAACUGCAGCGAUAACGAAAAUGAAAAUGAUAACGAUCACGGCGCAAAGAGAACACAUUCUAUCGG